GUCCCCUUCCCACGGCCAGGCAGCCGGAGGGACAAGGACACGGAGCGCAGCCUGGCCUGCCUGCCUGCCCCGGCUGUCCCAAGCCCCUUGGGAAAGGUUGGGGGACGUUGGUGUAGGGUCACUUCCUUCCCGGGUUUGGCUCUGGGCUCCCUAGGGAGCAGUCCCUGCGCUUUUGUUAUUGUAGGGUGGCUCGUAAACAUUGGUUCUGCCAGCAGGUUUGUGGUCCGGGGUUGGUCUUCCCGCCACGUGUGCUGCUUUGUUAUGGUAGGGUCUCCUGGGGACCAGGGGGCACGGGGUCAGCCAGUUGGCCGUACUCGCCUCCCUCCCAUCUGGGGCUGCCCCCUUGUUAUUGUAGGGUCUCCUGGGUGGACCUGGUCCCUGCAGUCAGGUGGGGCUGCCAACACGGGAGAAAGCAGGACCAGGAAUUACAGCCUGGUGUUGGGAGAGGGAGAGGAUGAGUGCAGACCCGCUGUGGGAUGUGCUCAGCUCCGACAGCAGAGAGAGGAGCUGGGGGGUCCUGCCAUCCCCUGCCCCACCCUGGGAAUCCCCGCUGCCCCCCGAGCAGGGGGAUAAGCUGGGCAUCCUGGGCUGGAGCCACCGUGGGGGUGGGCAGGGUCCGGGGGUCAUGGGUGGGCAAGGGGCUCCCCGUGGGGGCUCGGUGCUGAGCCCAGCCUGCAUCCCCACCCUGAAAGGAUGGUCCCCUCUGUCUGGCUUGGGGGUGCCGGGGCAGCUGGGUGGGUGCAGGCAGGAGCCAUGGGUGGGGGAGAGGCCGGGCUGGCUCCUGCUGAUCCCCCACCUCCCUGUGUGCCCCCUCAGGUGGCGCUGCUGGAUGCUGCUGCCUGCCCUAAGGAGGAAGGGUUCCCGGAGGCACUGUCCCCCAAGGAGGAGGGGGAGGAGGAGGAAGAGGAGGAGGAAGAGGACAGGCGGAGAAGCCCAAGACCCGUCACCUUCACGCUGGGCAAUGAGGUGCUGGGGCUGUCCCCAGAGACCGAGUUUCAGAGUCCCGACGCUGAGGUCUACAUGCACUUCAUGAGGAGCCACUGCUGCUAUGAUGCCAUCCCCACCAGCUGCAAGCUCGUCAUCUUCGACACCUCCCUGGAGCAGAUCAAGAAAGCCUUCGUGGCACUGGUGGCCAACGGGGUGCGUGCCGCCCCGCUCUGGGACAGCAAGACGCAGAGCUUUGUGGGGAUGCUCACCAUCACUGACUUCAUCAACAUCCUCCACCGCUACUACCGCUCUCCCCUGGUUCAGAUCUACGAGGUGGAGGAACACAAGAUUGAGACCUGGAGAGAGGUGUACCUGCAGGGCUCCUUCAAGCCACUGGUCUACAUCUCUCCAAGCAAUAGCCUGUUCGACGCUGUCUACUCCCUGAUCAAGCACAAGAUCCAUCGCCUGCCUGUCAUCGAGCCCAUCUCGGGCAAUGUCCUGCACAUCCUGACACACAAGCGCAUCCUCAAGUUCCUCCACAUUUUUGGCUCCACCAUCCCCAAGCCACGCUUCCUGAAGAAAACAGUGCAGGAGCUGUGUGUCGGCACCUUCCGUGAUGUGGCCGUUGUGCCUGAGUCCGCCCCCAUCUAUACCGCCCUGGAAAUCUUCGUGGACCGCCGCGUCUCUGCCCUGCCUGUCGUCAAUGAUGCUGGGCAAGUGGUUGGCCUCUACUCCCGGUUUGAUGUCAUUCAUCUGGCAGCCCAGAAGACCUACAACAACCUGGACAUUAGUGUGCGGGAGGCACUGCGGCAGCGCACCGUCUGCCUGGAGGGGGUCCUCACCUGUUACCCCCACGAAACCAUGGAGGACAUCAUUGACCGCAUCGCCAAGGAGCAGGUGCAUCGCCUGGUUCUGGUGGAUGAGAACCAGUAUCCACGGGGCAUCAUCUCCCUCUCCGACAUUCUCCAGGCCCUUGUGCUCACUCCCGCAGGUAUCGAUGCUCUUAACUCUUAGCCCGCGACGCUCCAUCUUUCUCCACUUGCACCCUCCAUUUCUCUCCACUUCAGGUAGGCGCCAUCCCCCGCCACUACGCACCUGUGCCCUCCCUGCUGCUGGGUCACCCACACUUCAUCACUGCACCUUGUCACCUCCCUGCUCCAGCCACCUGGCUCCACCCCAGCCAAAUCGGCCUCAGGGGACAGAGGAGGCUGGAGGAGGCUGGGGCUGGGGUCUGGCAGCGCUGGGUGCCCAGGUGGGGAUGGCAGGACCUGGAUGCUGCUUAUCCCUGGGGACACAAGGGUCACCCUUCUGGGGUCCUGAUCCCUGGUAUCCAUGAGGAAGGAUGGGGGCACCUGCUACAGAGACACCCCCAGACCCCAAUCCAGGCAGCACGUGGGAUGCAGGUUUUGCAGAUCCCUGGACUUUGGGCUGGAUGAGGGUUUUGGGGUGUGAUGCCCCCCAGGACAAAAGCCCUUUUCUGAACUCGCCUCAAAGUCUCCCUCGAGACCUGAGCCCCUUCAGUGCCAUUCCCAGGGGACACAGAGCGGACAGACCCCCACUCGCACACCCCAGAUAUGCUGCCCACCACUAGCCAUGUGCACAGCGUGGCCAACUCACGGGCCAUGGCUGGCACAGCCCUCCACCCCUGGUGGCCCUGAAACUGCUUGCUCCAGGGAUGGGACUCACUCCCAGGCCAUGCUGGGACCGCGCUGCCCAGCUGCCUGCACCUGGCUCUGCUCGCCCACUGGCUGGUGAGUCCUCACUGGUGAUGCGUGGGCACGGCGCUGGCACCCAUUUAGUGGUGAAUUGGGGAGGGGGGAGCUGGCCCCAGUGCCCAGCUGCUUCCCAAAGGUAAUGAUGCUUUUUUUUUGGGGGGGGGGGGAACAGGCUUGGGACAGCCCCAUGCCCACCAGUUCCCCUAGCAGUGCCCAGCUGCUCCACACAGAAGGAGACAGGGAGUGGUGUGUGUUAACCACACCAAAUAUGAGACCCCACUCGCCCUGCCAUUCCCCAUCAUGGUGCCUUUGCUCACUCCAUCCCUGCUGCCCACAGGGGUGGCUGUGUCAGGAGCUGCAGGGGGCCACCGGGAUGUCCCCCUCCAGACCAGCCCCUGCCCUCCCCCAGGGCCUUGCUUCCCAGUCAGGGAUGGAGGCAAGACCCCGCUGUCUGCCGGGGUGGGUCGGAGGGCCGUGCUGCAGGGUGCCCAGCCCAGCGCCAGUGCCUGCCUGGGGGGUUACGGCCUCGCAUGCUCUCUCACCCUGCAGGCAUCGACUGAUCCUCGCUCUGAAGACAGCAGGGAAGUGCUGCCAUCUCAUCCGACUUGGGGGCCUCUUGUGUGGUUCUGGGGUCAUGGAAGGAGGCUCGGGCCCUGCAGGCUCUCCGCAGGGAGGACCUGCCUACCCACCCCAGUCCUGGGGCUCGUCUUGAGUCCAGGGCCAGAUCCUGCCAGCCUCAGAGAGGCAGGGAGCAGGGAAAAGGGGGCCCAGGGGUGCCUCCUGCCAGUGAGCACACGGUGAUGCUCGAUGGGCACCAUGCCGGAGGAGCAGCUGGGCACAGGGACCCGCGUGGCCCCAGGGGACUCAGCCACCCCACUCCUGUCCUGCUGCUGGAUUUGAGCGCUUCAGCUGAGGCUCCCCCCUUAGCGAGCACAGUCCUGCCAGCUGCGCCCGGUGCCCAGUAGCGUAGGCUCAGCUGCACACACAGGCUUGUUUAUUGUAGGGUCACGCGGGGCUGGAGGUCCCUGGCAGAGGGGCAGCCUGCGCCAGAGCUGGUGCCAGGACGGGCACUUGCAUGGGGACCCUGUGCAUGUUUUGGGGUGGGCGGAGGGUAUUUAUUUAUUUGCUGGUCUGUUCAGCCUUGUUGUAAUAAAGCAGCCUGCUCCAGGAA